AACCUUUUCAUUAAAAUUAAUUUCUCAUCUGAUAUCUCUAAUUACCAGUUCAGUGUUGAGACUGUAAAAAACAGCGGCCUCUUAAGGUUUAGAUGCUCAAAGGAUUAAGAAAAACGAGUGCUAAAGAAUUCUACAAUCGGACCACUAACUAAUACAUUUUACUUUAGAAUAUGUGAUAGUAGAAACAAUGUCGAAAGCUAUUAGAGAAUUUCUAAACAAAAGCUACUUCUUCAAUAGGAUGAAGCCUAGAAAGAUAAUCAAGUAUACGGGGAUUGGUAUAGGAGUUGUUUCAUUAGCUGCAUCUCCUAUUUUGAUAGCAAAUUCGUCAAAAGAUGCCGCUAUUAUAAAUAAGGCUAACGGUGUCCUAAGGUUUGCAAGAUCUCUAAAAAUUGGAUUAUGGAUAUCACUAGAUUAUUAUUUUGCCAUGGCAGGUCUGGACGAGUCUUCAGACAAUUUUAAUGUUAUGAUGAGCCGAAUCCAUCAAAGAUCCGCAGAACACAUUCUCGACGGUUGUCUGAGCAACGGUGGUUGCUACAUUAAAUUAGGACAGGGAUUAGUGUCCAUGAGUCACAUACUGCCAAAGGAAUAUAUAGAAACUUUAAGAGUUCUGCAGGAUAAGUGUUUAAAAAGAGAGUCGGGAGAACUGGAGAAAAUAUUUAAGAAAGAUUUCGGAAAGAAUCCCGAAGAACUGUUUAAAGAAUUCAACAAAGAGCCAAUUGCAGCAGCGAGUAUAGCACAGGUUUACAAGGCCACAACAAAAGAAGGCAAUCAUGUAGCUGUGAAAGUACAAUACAUAGACCUACAGCAACGUUUCGGAAAUGACGUAAUAACAAUAAGAACUUUAUUGAAAAUUGCAGGAACGCUGCAUCCCGAUUACGAUUUUUCUUGGGUCAUAGACGAUUUGGAAAACACCUUAAGACAAGAAUUGGAUUUCAUAAACGAAGGGCUAAACAGCGAAAGAUGUUCUAGAGAUUUAAAACAUUUAAGAUAUAUUCACGUGCCGAAAGUGUAUUGGGACUACACCAGUUCGAGGGUACUGGUUACAGAAUUCAUUAACGGAUAUAAAAUUAGCGAUUUGGAUAAUCUGAGGAAAGACAAAUUUUCUUUGGUGGACUUGAACAAGAAAUUAUUCGAGGCUUUCGGUCAUCAGAUAUUUCAAUCGGGUUUCGUUCAUGGCGACCCACAUCCUGGAAACGUGUUGGUAAGAAUGGUUAAAGGUGAUGCACAACUCGUGUUAUUAGACCAUGGUUUGUAUCAAGAAGUUUCACCAAAAGAUCGAAAAUCUUUGAGCUACUUGUGGAAUGCCAUUGUACUCAACGAUCAAGAAAGCAUGAAGAAAUAUUCCAAUGAAUUGGGAGUUAAAAAUCACGAAUUAUUUGCUGAAAUUCUUACUCAACAACCUUUAAAAUCGAGAGGAUUUAAAAUUAAAGCACAACUUACAGAUGAAGAUUUGCGACAAAUGACGGAGUUUGCCAAAGAGAAAUUUGACAGCAUUAUGAUUUGUUUGAAAGAAAUGCCGAGGUCGCUACUUUUAGUGUUGAGAAAUUUGAAUACAAUUAGAGCAAUAGCACAGCAUCAUGGAAAUCCUAUUGAUAGGUACAGCAUUUUGGCAAGAACGGCUACAAAAUCAAUUUACAACAUGGAAACAAAUUUAGCUAAAAGAUUACUGAAUUUUCCGAAGAAAAUCUACUUUGAAUUUAUUUUACAGAUUCAACGACUCGGAAGGUGGUUCACCAAGACGACUUUAAGGAUCUUACAUCGCUUGGGUCUGGCUCCGGAUGUCGAAGCUUUCGUAAAAAAUCUAAGGCCUGUUCAUUUUUAACCUAAUUUACUAUACUGCGAAUUUUCUGGUAAACCAGUCAAAUGGAAACCAUAAUCAUUAUACACCACCCAUAACCCACAAUUAUUGUGAUGUUUCGUACAAUUUACUUGCUUUUACCAUGGGAGCGAUCAUUUAAAGUGAUCAAUCAAGUUGAAAGAUAUAAAUAAAAUAACUAUAUUUAACAAAAUAAUCUGAGGUAUUUUGUUACCAUUAUUUGUUGAUAAGUAAAAAUAAAUUUUAUUUUAAUU